AUGAUCGACCUCCGCCUCUUCACCAGCCCAAAUGGGGCGCAGAUCGGCGGAAACGUGGAACCGAAGUGGCGACUGCUUCUCCCUCUGCCCUCCACCCCGGACCCGAUCGACUCUAGCGGAGCUGCGUGGUUCACCUUUUCCCAUUCUCUCAUUGCCCGUGUCCCAUCUCCUUGUCCAGAGGGUCACAUCCAUCUCCUCGCCUGGAAAAGUAGUCGUAGACUAGACUCACUCGCUUCUACCUCACUUGCCCAGCGCCUUCCACACGGUCUCACCCACCGCACCUCGACUGCACAGCUAGCAGCAAAACAAGGCAACUCUGCCACAUUCCGUGUCUCUCCAUCAAAGGCAGGCCAACUCGGCGAGCCCGGCUGA